CAUCCUACAGGCAGGGGAAGAAGCCGUGAGAAAAACUUCUUUCCACUGUCCUGCGCGUUUCUGCAGCCCCGUUCCAGGCCGAGGCAUCUCCAAGGUAGUGAUGGCUCUCCAGAGGACCCGUUCACUGCUUCUGCUCUUGCUGCUGACCCUGCUGGGGCUGGGGCUGGUGCAGCCCUCCUACGGCCAGGAUCGUAUGUAUCACCGAUUCCUGCGGCAGCAUGUGGACCCUGAGGAGACAGGUGGCAAUGACACCUACUGCAACUUGAUGAUGCAAAGACGGAAGAUGACCGUGCGUCAGUGCAAGCAUUUCAACACCUUUGUCCAUGAAGACAUCUGGAACAUUCGUAGUAUCUGCAGCACCACCAAUAUCCAGUGCAAGAAUGGCAAGAUGAACUGCCAUGAAGGUGUAGUGAGGGUCACAGACUGCAGGGAGACAGGAAGUUCCAGGUUCCCCAACUGCAGAUACCGGGCAUCGGCGAGCACUAGGCAUGUGGUCAUUGCCUGUGAGGGUGACCCGCAGUUGCCUGUGCACUUCGACAGAUAGACACCAGCCUGUGUGGGUUACUGCCUGACCCGUUGGCCUUUAACUUACUCCUUGAAUAGCAAUGAAUAAUGCAUUUGGGCUGCCCUCGGCUCUGUCUCCUCUGCUUCUGACUCUUUUUCUCUUUAUAACCCAUUCUGUUAAGUACAUUAUAUCAAAAAGAAAUGGAGACAUAAACUUAUGAUGAGUCCGGGCUUUUCUGUAGUAAAUGUUUUGGCUUUCUUUUAUAAUACUGGUUAGCUUAGCUCUCUCAGAUCCUAUCCUCUGGGAUUUAGUCAUUAUAUGGAUUUAUAAAGCAUUACAAGCAUUUCAAAGGGCUUACAUCUAAGUCAUCUCAUUUUAAUAGCACAGCACUGGUAUAAUGCUGCUGAUGUUACAUGUAGGAACCCAAAGUUCAGGGAUUUGCUGAAGACCGUGAAAUUAGUGGGAAUGCUGAGACAAAAAUCCAGUUGAACUGGCUUCUAAUCCAGGCCGUUUUCCACUUCAUCACAAGGAGAGUUUUGAAAGUAACUGCUCUGGUUAUUCCCAGAAGUCAGCUGUUGGGAGAAGUAUUUGAAAUUUAGAAAUGCAUGCUGGCCAAAUGAGAGCCCUAUCUGGAUAAUCUGGUUCCCUUGUUGUGCCGGGCUCUAACAGCAUCAAGAAAUGAUACAAAAGAUUUACUUUCUCUCUUCUCAGACUUUUGAAUCUCUUUAGUAAGUCGGAAUAUUAAAAAUGUAGGAGCUCACUUAAGACUCAUUCACUCUUCCCGAUGGAAACAUCUUUCAUGUUUUCCUUAUAAUAAAGGACUUAAACUGCAGGUAUCUGAGAAGGCUGUCCUAAGGUUCUUGUGGAGGGGGGGCAUUUUUUCCCCCCUCCUACCCUCUUCAGCUUAUAAGCAUGCUCACACCUUACUAGCCUCAUACACUCUGGCCAAAGAUUAAUACCCACCAGAUCUAUAACCAUGACACAGAACCCCUUGUCUCAUUUACUCAAGAGAGAAUGUUCCUUCCAAUUCCCACGCCUCUUCCUUCUACCUUUGACUGUUUUAAACAAACUCUGGAACAGAGAUAUAUGCAGAUGUUGGCUGCUAAGGAAAGGAAGUGUGUGUGUGUGUGUGUGUGUGUGUGUGUAAGGACUAAACUGAAAUCUUUUGAGUUACAGCAGAUACAGAGAGAAAUCUUUUUAAAAAGUUGAUUUGGUAAACAUAUACAUUAUGAAAUUCUCCCUACAAUCAGGCUAAUUAAUAAAUUUAUCACCUCAUAUAAGGA